CAUGUAUUCAAACCAAAUAAGCAACCCAUAUCAAACGAACUUCAAUCUUCAACUCACAUUUCAAACACAUCCUCACUCAAGUACUACGCUUCAAGCAGAAAGCCUUUCAAAAUUAGACAUGGGAAUCAGACUACCUUCACUUCUCCUCAAUGCCAAGCAAAUUGUCAAAAUGCAAACCGUUUCUUCUAGAAAUCAAUGUGGCGUUCCCAAAGGCCAUAUUGCAGUCUAUGUGGGAGAUAAUGAAAGGAAGCGGUUUGUGGUUCCAAUAUCAUACUUGAACCAUCCGUCUUUUUCAGCUUUGCUCAAGACUGCAGAAGAAGAAUUUGGAUUUAAACAUCCACCUGGGGGAUUGACAAUUCCUUGCAGAGAAGAUGUGUUCAUCAACCUCACAUCCAGGCUGCAAACUUCCUGAAAGAGGGAAGAAAAACAAAUUUCCACACAAUUUUGCCAGAUUCUCUCCAUUUUUUCCCCAUAGUUCAGUGUAGAAAUCAAUGUAUAGUUAGUUUCAACGUGUUAAUGAUAGGGUAGCUGAAAGGUGAUAACACAUUGCCUAUCUACCUGAACAUCAUUUACACAACUUACAAUUACAGAUGUGUAAACAUGGAAAUACAAAUACAUAGUCACAUUUCUUA